AUGAGCACACCUCGUCCUGCCACGGGCUUGCGUUCUUGAGGAAUUCGUCAUCAAUGAAAGUGAAAGAAGACUAAAUAGGAGAGGAGAAAUGCAAGGAUGCCGGCAGGUCAGAGGAGACAGACGAUUCCUUAAUGGCGGGCGGCACUCAAGUCGGAGAGCAGACUUUGAUUGACAGCUGACUGUGGAUAAGCUCCUGACAGUUCACUCUGAAGUCCAGCACGCUGAAGGAGCUCUCAGAUACAGUUUCCAUGAAUAAGAUCCUGAGCCAGAAACUAGGAACAGGAAAUGCUAUGGAUAUCCUCAGCGCAGUGGAUUUCUCCUUCACAUAGCAUUUUGAGUGGAUCACUUCUUCAUUUUUGAACUUCUAAACUCGUCUUCCCAUACGUGGCCAUCAGCGGCCAUGAUUGGAAGGAGCUCUGAUUGAUACAGGGGACAGGAAACGGCAUCAGAGGAUGGGGGCACCUGGCGGGCCAGUUGUGGGUGGGUUUAGCUCUACAACAUCCUCCCUAGACCUCGUUGGCUGGAUGGUCUGGCCUGGUAAUACCACUGUGAGCCUGAACCAGAGCUUCUUCGGAACCGAUUACAGCGUCAAUCUCCCCUCCUCAUCUUCAUCUUCUCCUCAUGGGGUCGAAAGGGAAGUGAUGAAGGAAAAGAACUGGCCAGCCCUGCUAAUUCUUGUGAUUAUCUUUCUAACAAUAGGAGGGAAUAUUUUGGUUAUUUUGGCCGUGUCGUUGGAGAAGAAGCUGCAAAACGCAACAAACUUCUUCCUGCGGUCCCUUGCGGUAGCGGACAUGCUGGUCGGCAUCUUGGUCAUGCCCAUCUCGCUCAUUAACAUCCUGUAUGAUUAUGCCUGGCCAUUGCCCAGUGCUCUCUGUCCUAUUUGGAUAUAUCUGGACGUGCUUUUCUCCACUGCUUCCAUUAUGCACCUGUGUGCCAUUUCCCUCGACCGCUACGUGGCCAUACGCAAUCCGAUUGAGCACAGUCGCUUCAACUCCCGCACCAAGGCCAUGCUGAAGAUCGCUGCAGUUUGGACCAUUUCAAUAGGUAUCUCAAUGCCUAUCCCAGUGAUCGGACUGCGUAACAGAGAUAAGGUCCUUAUCAACGACAACUGUGCUCUGAACGAGGAACGCUUCAUACUGGUUGGCUCUUUUGUUGCUUUCUUCAUUCCUCUGGUCAUCAUGGUGGUCACGUAUUGUCUCACUGUCCAAGCACUUCAGCGUCAGGCCACAGUCUUCCUCUACGAGGGCAAAGCCUCUUCUCAGCAGCCAUUGCAGCCUCCAGCUCCACCUACUUCCCAGUUGGAGCCGUCGUCGGCUCCAUCACGUCGCAGCAGUCUGAACUGUCUACGGAUCAGCAACAGCGAUGGAAACGCGCUCGGUCUGACCGUGCCCCCGGACACCAUCUCAAUAAUCCCAGGUUCAGAAGCGCCGUCUCAAAUGAAUUCGCCCGCUGGACGGGACCCGAGUGGAGCCCGCGGGCGGCGAGGCAUGAUGCAGGCCAUCAAGAACGAGCGGCGAGCAUCCAAAGUGUUGGGUGUAGUGUUCUUCCUCUUCCUUUUCAUGUGGUGUCCCUUUUUCAUCACUAACGUUCUGUAUGUCCUCUGCCGUGGAGCCUGCAACGAGCCUCUGCUCACGGAACUGCUCAAUGUUUUCGUUUGGGUGGGUUACAUCUCAUCAGGUGUCAACCCUUUAGUGUACACUUUGUUUAACAAGACCUACCGAAGGGCAUUUUCAAGCUACUUGCACUGCCAGUACAGACAGGUGGGGCUUAAACCCAUCGCUAUACACGUUCCUUGUCCAUCCCAUGCUGUCACGCCUAUCCUGAUCUGCGAAAAAGUUUCGAUUGACCGGAACAGUAACUGCCGCAAUGGGGACGGGAACGGAAUCCGAAAUCUGGAGCCCCAUGACAUGGACACUGACCCCGGACUGGAGCUGAAACUGGGAAUAUCAGAGCUCUCCAUCAGCAGCGGUCACAAUCACACAGAACACACCAGCAGUGUCUGAAAAAUAUAUUUUAGUUUGACCUGGAACAUAGGACAGGUGUGAC